GAUGUCACGCGGGCAGUUCUCCUAUUGAAUGACCCACGUAACACUGCCGUGGAACAGUUUGAAGCUAAUUGUAUCUUCUCUCACUGGCGUCAGAUCGAAGAAAACAGGAAUGAGUCACGGCCAAGAACCAGGUGAAGAAGCAGAUCAGGAUGUGGUGACGGGGCUGGUUUGUCAGGAGGCUGACCUCAAAGAUGGACAGAUGAAGGAGGUGAAAGUGGGGGAUCAGGAGGUGCUGCUGGUCCGGACUCAGGGUCAGUACAGUGCUGUUGGAAGCCGGUGCUCUCAUUACAAUGCUCCUCUCAUCAAAGGAGCACUGGUUGGUGACCGAGUGAGAUGUCCGUUUCAUGGUGCUUGCUUUAAUGUCAGAACCGGAGAUAUCGAAGAGUAUCCAGGUCUGGACUCUCUGCCCAGUUAUAAGGUAAAAGUUGAGGAUGGCAAGGUGUAUGUUUCCAUCAACAAAAAUUCUCUGAAGUUGACGAAAAGGGUGAAGGAGAUGUGCAGCAUGGUGCCGGGCAUCAAACACACUAUUCUGCUCAUAGGAGGAGGCCCUGCCUCCCUGGUUUGUGCUGAAACUCUACGACAGAACUGUUACCAGGGUCGAAUCAUUAUGGUAACCAAAGACACCAUACCUCCAUUUGACAAGCCCAAACUGAGUAAGGCUAUGAAUGUGGACAGCAGCAGCAUCCUCCUCCGACCGAGUGACUUCUAUCAGCAGUAUGGGAUUGAAGUGUGGACACAGAAGGAGGCGGUGUCGGUGGAUACGGCUGAUAAGGCGGUGAAGUUGAGCGACGGCACUUUGCAGCACUACGACCAACUCCUCAUCUCAACUGGCUGUAGAGCGCGGCCGCUCGACUGUCCUGGAUGGGACCUGAAGGGUGUGACGUUACUGCAGAGAUAUGAAGACGCCAAAGAGAUUCACAACGCCUGUCUGGGCCAGAAAGCUGUCGUAAUCGGAGCCUCCUUCAUAGGUAUGGAGGUGGCGUCCUACUUAUCAGACAAAGCUGCCAGCGUGGCCGUGGUUGGCCCCUCCAGAUACCCGUUCGAAAAAUCUCUGGGGCCAGAGAUUGGCAAAAUGAGUAUGCAAAUGUUGGAGGAACAAAAUGUAAAGUUUUGUAUGAACGAGAGAGUCACUGAGAUCCAAGGGGAGAACGGCAAGGUGAAGGGGGUGCUGCUGAAGAGUGGUCGAGUCCUGGAGGCGGAUGUGGUGAUUGUUGGAAUUGGUGUAAUCCCAAAUUCAGAUUUCUUGCUGGGAAGCGAGUUGGAAGUGAAUUCAGGGAAAGCUGUGAUUGUUGACAAGUUCAUGAGGACCAAUAUACCAGAUAUUUUUAGCGCUGGAGAUGUUACGUCUUUCCCUCUGAGCAUCCGAGGAGACCAAAGGGUCAACGUCGGUCACUGGCAAAUGUCACAAGCUCAAGGAAGAGUAGCAGCCCUAAACAUGCUGAAGAAACAAACCAAAUGCGAGUCGGUUCCUUUCUUCUGGACUGUGUUACUUGGGAAGAGUAUACGAUACACAGGCUAUGGAGAAGGCUACACAGAAAUCAUAUUCAAAGGAAAAGUGGAAGAGAGGAAGUUCCUGGCAUUUUACAUCAAAGACGAUGAGGUGGUAGCUGCAGCCAGUUUGAUGUUCGACCCCGCGGUGGCUCGUCUUGCUGAGCUGAUGGCGACGGGCCACGUCUUCACAAAGGCACAGGCUCAAGCCGAUAACCUGAGCUGGCUGCAGAUGUAAGCAGAGGCCUGCUGUUUCCAGGAGAAACACGUUGCAGCGACGUCGCUGAUGUCGCCUUUCUCUUUCUUGUUUCCUUUCUCAAUGAAACCGUGCCGAAUUGGAUUGAUCCAUGUACUGGGAUGAAAGCCAACCAGACCUCCGCUCCUUAUCAGAGCCGCAAGAAAAGCUUUUUGUACUUUGUGCAAUUUGAAUAAUCUUGUUUUUGUAACGAGCUAGCAUAGUUUCCUUGAGAUAGAAAUGUUACCUGUUUUUAUUUCAAGUUGAAAUACAACUCUGCACCCAAUUUUGAACUCCUUUUCAGUAUAGUUAAAGUAAUAUAAUACAAGUAGUCAUAUAUUUCAUACUAUUGUAUCCACUUAAACAUUAUGGAAACACACACACCACUCUAUUUGUCUGUUACAAUAUAUUCAUGAGUUACUAUUUUAAGAUCUAAAAUACAAAAGUCAAUUUAAACACUUGCUCAGCAAAUGGAGAUAUUGAUAAUUAAGCCCUUUUUAUUUAAUUUGUUGUCAGUACCUCUGUUUAGUUGUCACUUCAAUACUUGAAUCAAUAAUAAAUGUUUAUAGCAGAGAUGUAGCUUAUUGUUUAUCAUAUAACUUGAACUUCAAAGAAAGUUAAAGCACUUUGUGUAAUCUUUACUUUCAUUUAAAAAUAAUAAUAUAUCUGAACGCUUGUGGUACAUCACUAAAGCUCAGGUAUUAAACACAUCUGUUGGAUGUCUGUUUCAUACUCACCGUGUUUUCUGUCCGGGAUAAUCUUCCUGAAAAUGUUUGUCACAAUGACUAUAAUAAAUGAUUGCUUAACCUUU